CGCAGGCGGGCGGGCGGGGCACGAAGCCCCGCGGCCCUCCCCGGGGGCGGUGCCCGCCCGGAGCCGGACGCUGCGGAGCCAGAGGACAGACGGAGACGCAGGGAGCCGGGGCGCUGGUGGCUCCAGGCAGAGGCCGCAGCCGAAAGAUGCCGGUCCGCAGGGGCCACGUCGCGCCCCAAAACACUUACCUGGACACCAUCAUCCGCAAGUUCGAGGGCCAGAGUCGUAAGUUCCUGAUCGCCAAUGCUCAGAUGGAGAACUGCGCCAUCAUUUACUGCAACGAUGGCUUCUGUGAACUCUUCGGCUACUCCCGAGUGGAAGUGAUGCAGAGACCGUGCACCUGCGACUUCCUCACAGGCCCCAACACCCCACGCAGUGCCAUGUCCCGCCUGGCGCAGGCCCUGCUGGGGGCCGAGGAGUGCAAGGUGGACAUCCUCUACUACCGCAAGGAUGGUGAGGUGCCCUCAGACCACAGGUUCUGCAAGGCAGGCUUGGCCCUUCUCUUGUCCAGGCAGAGUGGCCAUGGGAAGGGCACUGACCCAGGGGACCAAAGGGCCUGGAUAAAUCUUGUCUCCUCUCUGGGCCUCUGUUUCCUCAUCUGUAGGGUGAAGUGAUGGACACUGGAUGAAAUGCCUUCUGAGGUCCCUUUCAGAGGCCAGGGACCAGGCUGAGCCACCAACUGGUCCUGGCCCCAUGCAGGGCCUCCCGCACCACCAUCCCUCC